UGAGUUUCCAAACCUUCUUAGCUUGGCAUCAUGCAAUGGAUGCCCAAUGCAGGGAUCACUAUCGAGGGCUGCAGCCUCUCCUCCAGCAGCAAGGCCUGGAAGGGCACUCGGGGGCUCCAGCCCCUGGCCCUGCCCGGAGCUGAAGGCAAUUUCUCCCUCACCGUUCAGAGUGGCUUGGUUCGCCUAGGGCUGUGUACCAGUCGCGCAGAAAUAGACAACCUGGGAACUGACUUGCUUGGCUUUGGCUUCGGUGGAACUGGCAAGAAGUCUCACGCAGGCACCUUUGAGGACUAUGGCGAACCUUUUGGUGUUGGAGAUCGGCUAGAGUGCGUCCUACGCCGCGACGUGCGCGGGGGCGUGGCGCUGAGCUACUCGAAGAACGGCCGAGACUUGGGUUUGGCUUUUGAGCUUGAGGCGUCCCAGCUGCCACAGCUCUCGGAGUUGCCCCUGUUCCCUGCCAUUUGCGGCCGGGCCUUUGUGGUGAACGUGGACGGUGACGCGGAUGCGGCAGCGGAUGCGGCCGCUCCAUGGCGCACAUGCGAGGAGUUGCGGACCACUCUGCGGUACUAUGCUUUGCGCAGCCGUGGCGCGGCAAAGAGCCCAGUGCAAAAGGCAGCAGGAGCUGCGCGGCAGGAGGAUGCCCACACUGCCUUGCAGCGCUUCUUCGCCACUUCGGAUGGCCCGGAGGAGAAGACGUCCGCCGUGGCAGCCUGGCUCCAGGGCCGCGCGGAGCGAGAGGGCCGCGUGGACUUCCGGAACUCCAAGGAGGUGCGGCGUGUGCAGCGGACCCACGCCCUGCCAUCGGGUGUGACGCUGACCAUCAUCGAUUCCCAACCAGCGAGCAAGGCUGGCGCGGACCGCUCCUACGCACGGAAUGUCGCUCUCUGGGAGUCGCUUCCGCGUGGGCACGCGGAGGUGCGGCAAGGCGAGGUGCUGGUCUGCGAGCUUUCAGGCCUGCGGAAGUUCGGCAGCGCCGAGGAGAAGUUCGGCCCGUUGGCACGGGAGGCGCAGGGCGCGCGGCGCUGUGCGCUGCAAGCUCUGCCCAGUUCUAUGUCUGCCAUGAGCGACCCUGGCGAGUUAGUGAUGGUGUUCCUCACAAAGGAGAACGGAGAGAUGUGCAAAGUGUCCUUCUUCCAGCUUGGUGGGGAUCCUUACUUGGCUCUGGGAUCCAAAAACGUGACGCUGGUGAUCAAUGUGGCCAAUAAGAAGAAAGCCUUGGCGGACCUGGCAGCUUAUGAGGAAGAAAGAUACCAGUUUGCGGUGGAAAUGGCCGAAGUCUUUCUUGAUCAACUCUUCGAUGAGCUCAGUGAAAAUCAGAGGAAGCAACUCAUCAGCUUUGUGACCGAGAAAGGAGCCACGCUCUGUGGGGAGUCGAUCUCCCCGAUGCAUCAACAUAUUCAAAGCUAUCGAGAUGGGCAUGGAAAGAUCCAGGCCCACAUCCGGUUCUUCUCAGUGACAUCUCCGGCAGCAUCCUGCAGCGGCUUAACUUUGUUGGACCCAGUGGAGGCCGCUCAGCACUUCCGGGCAUGGGGCCUUCAUGCUGUGGAGGCGAUUGAUGAGGCCUUGGUGAAAGACCAAGCCGAGGUGGACAAGAUGGAAAAGAAACACCUUCUUCUGCCCAAUCGAGAAGGUGCAGUGGUGUAUGUUGUGCUCCGCAAAGCAAACUCCACGCGCACCGCGCUCGUCUACAAGUGGAAGAAUGCCUGGUAUGUCACGGUGCGGGCGCUGCGGGAGAAGUUCUGCAAGCGAGCCUCUGAGGCCCGCAUCCGGAGCCGCAUCCGCUUGCUGCACGUGCACCACCCGGAAGAGCAGCAACUUGUGGAGGACUUUAUGUCCUUCUACCGCUUCGUGCUGCUGUUGCUUUCAGAGAAAGCAAUUCUGGAGCAUCUGGGGAGCCUUUGGGUGGCACUGAAAGCUGCCCAUGACGCCUUUCAGGCUGGCUCUGACAGAUGGUUUGAGGAUCUUCCUACAUCGUUGACAUCGCAGAUGCAUCCGCGCUGGCUGGAGCUCUUUCCUUGCUUGUAUGCUACUCUGAAGGCUCAGUGUCCGCUGGAGCACUGGGUAGAGCUGCUCCGGAAGCACCGAGCGUUGCUGGAGAUGCCAAAACAGGUUGAUGACAUCUGGCCCGAACAAGCGGUGCAAGGUCUGACAAAAGGCUGCCGUCCCAUGGAGGCCUUGCCAGAGCCCAUGGCGGAGCCCGGCGAAGCCCUGACGCUGCUGGCGGUGCUGGUGCGGGGGCUGCAGGGCAGCGGGAAAUCCACACUUUGCCGUGCGCUAGCGCAUUUGACUCAAGGGGAGUGGAUCAACCAAGAUGAAGUGGCUGCAGGAGCUCGCAGGGGCAGCAGUGCCAAAGAGCUCUUCUUAAAGGCGAUCCAAGCUGCGGCAGCCAAGCCACAUGUGCGCUACAUAUUCAUCGACAAGAUCCACAUCUUGAAACAGCACCGCGACGAUGUGGUGUCGGCAGUGACACAAGGCUUUCAGGGCCGUGAGGGGCGGGUGGCUUUGGUCCUGCUGAACCUUUGCCAUCCGGAUGAUGAUGAGGGCGACUAUCAACAGGCAGCAGAGCGCUGCACCGCUCGGAUCUCACAGCGUGGCCUGGGACAUUUGUCGCUGGUGCCCCAGGCUACCGAUGCAGCUGCCGUGGUCCGUGCUGCAGGGGAGGAUGCCGAAGUCCUCACGGAUGAGGAGAAGUGCAGCUUCGACCUUUGUGCAGAUUUGGACCUUCGCCUCCCACGGCUGAUGCUCCUCGCUGAGGCCAUGAAGACUCUUCAGCAGGGCAACUUCUUGGAGACCUUCAGUGAGGAGCUCAUGGAAGAGGCAGUGCAAGUUGCGCAGAACCACGAGCUGAAGCUCUCGGCCAGGUGGAAGACCCUCUACUGGAUGGUGGCUUUGGACUGGAGCUUUCUUUGGCACGACUCUGCCCGAGAACUGCGGGAGAUGCUGGCCGAAGCCAUCGACAUGUGUCCGGAUCUGGCGCCGAUCAACGACCCACACGUAACCAUGCUGUGGCUGGGCGCCUCAUCGGACCCGGAGUUGGAAGCUCCGUUUGCACCACUCGAAGGUGUUGAAGUUGAGGUCACACUGCAAGCGGUUUGCUAUGAUGCCACCUUGGGUUUAGUCGCUCUCCGCGCCUCACUGGAAGAGCCUUUUGCCUCGCUCUGCCAAAACCAGCAUCCGCACAUCACCGUGGCGAAGGGGCCGGGCGUGGCCGCCAAGCAGUCCAACGAUCUGCUGGAAAGAGCGUCCAUGGGUGACUCAAGCGUGGAAACCCGGUCGCUGACCCCACUGCGGGUCAAAGGACGGGUGCAGCGGCAGCUGGCAAGCGAGUCGUUGGCUGCGGCGGCUGCGAGCUCCACGCAGCUGCCGGAGGGACAUCCGGUCUGUGAGCUUGGGCUGGUGGCCACUCGGGAAGCGACCGAUGUUUGGAUGACUCAUGAGUCCCACAUCCGAGUGAAGAAGAUCUCGCGAAUCCUCGACAGCCUUUUGUGCCCGGUCUCGCAGCCACUUCUACACUGCAAAGGCUGGCCGCCGGCCUUGCGGGGGAAGAAGUGGUUCACCUUCCACGAGCGACCCCUGAGCGCCGAGAGCCGACAGGCCCUCGAGGCACUGCAGCGGAGCGGCAGCUGCUCCACGCUCCACGCGGGCGUGGCCUACUUUCAGCUGGAGGGCCUGGAGACCUUGGACCUCCAACAGCUCUCUGAACGCCUCCAGCAGUCCCUGGCCGAACCUCGCUUGGCGGAAGCACUGCAAGGUGCGCUCUGUGCACUGGACGCGGAGCCGACGGCGGCGGAGUCGCCCAGUUUCUACGUGCAAUGCAAGUCAGCUGGCAGCAAGGAGCAGACGAUUGCCCUCCGGCAAGCGCUCGCCAGGGCUGUGGCCGCAGCAGUGGGUUGGAUUCCUGAAAUCAAGAAACCGGACCACACGCUGUCCGCCCAAGUGAAGGAUGACUGGAUCCUGCUGGGGCUUGUCAUCCAGCCAACUGAGCAAGUGAAGCCCAAAACAAAGGUAUCUGUCCAGGCGGCCCCUCCUGGGCCGGCAACGACACCAGCGCAGGCGCCAACUGCACCGGCUGCGCCGCAGAUGGACAGUGGACUGCUGCAGAUCGAUGGCGCUUCACUCGAAGGAGGUGGCCAGUUGCUUCGGAACUCUGUGGCCUAUGCCGUGACGCUUCAAAGAGGUGUUUGCAUCAAGAACGUCCGCGGUGGCAGGAGCACUCCAGGUUUGCGCCCGGGACACCUGGCUGCGUUGGAUGCCUUGGCCUCCAUCUCCAAAGCGCGCUUCGAGGGCGGUGUUGUGGGCAGUGCUCACGUGACCUUCCACCCACUCUCGCCGGUGCAAUGCACAGAGGAGGGGCCUUUGGAGGUGGACGCUGGGACAGGUGGCUCCACCAUGUUGAUGCUCCAAGCCUUGCUACCGUGCAUGCUUGCGGACUCAAAAAACCGGGAGGUGGAGGUCAUUUUCAAAGGUGGCACCAAUGUGUGCUCUCCUCCUGGCAAAGGACACUUCGAGAUCAAUGCGCCGCAGGUGGACUAUGUACAGCUUGUGCUCUUCCCAAUGCUACGCCAGCUCUUCGGCGUGAGGGUCCAGAUGGAGGUGCUCCAGCGAGGCUUCCUCCAAGGAGGUGGCCAAGUCCGUGUGACCCUCCCAGCGGGGAACCCCUGGCCGCUGCCAGCCAUCGAGGUCACAGAGGUUGGAGAGAUCCGGAAGGUGUCAGGAACUGCAUAUCGCUCUGCCAACGUUCCUUCCAACGUGCUGCAGCGGAUGUUGGAAGGGCAGCUAAAGAAGCAGCCUGCUGGCGCUGCUGUGCUUCUCCAACACCGUUUGCCAGACGUCAGCCCCGAAUGGAACUGUCAGGACUGCCCCAGUGCUAACGGUGCAGACGCCUGUGGCCUCAUUGUGGCCUUCGAAACGAGCCAGGGAUGCCGCUUUGGAGGUGACUCCAUGGGACGCAAAGGCACCAUGGCAGAGGUCGUUGGAGAAGAGGCGGUUCGGCAUGCCUGGGCGGCCUUCGAGCGUGGGGGAUGCUGCGAUGAGCACUUGGAGGACCAGCUUGUGGUCUACAUGGCCUUGGCAAGAGGCACUUCCCGGUUGCGCUUGGGAUUGCAGCCUUCGCUGCACUUCCAGACUGCAAUUUGGUUGGCAGAAGGCUUUGGCGCCUCAGUGCGGAUAGUCGAUGACGAUCAGGGCCGUGUCCUUGAGAUUCGAGGCAUUGGAUCCACCUGAGCUCGGCGGGUCUGUGCGAAGACUAGAGCGAUGAUCCUGCACCAAAGAGGGGUGUCUUGAAACGAGGGGAUCCC